GAAAAUCAACAACGUUGACAACUUGUCAGCGAAAAGUGGAAACUGUUUUUGUUUGUAGAUUUAUUCUUAAAAUUUAUCACAAAAACGAGUAUUUUUUCAGUAUUUUUCGGCAGAAAAAUGUAGAAAACGUUUCCGUUUCGCGGUGCGUUCGGAAGAAAGUGCGCGUAGUGACCAAGCACAAUGAAUGGCCAUUUCCUACACACCCACGGGCUCAACAUCAACAGCGAGCUGUCGACGACGACUGCAACUAUUGCAGCUGUUCCACUUGGUGAUGGUUCCGCAACUACGGUGGAGCUGCCGCAAUCGGCACCAACUACUGUGACCCUUCAAGUACAACAACCAUCAACCUCAUCAUCAUCGGUAGGAACAUCGGGCACGGGAAGUCCAAAAAUCAUUUACCUCGAUCGGGUAUGCCGGACAUGCCUGACCGAGAAGGAAAAGGAACAACUCAAGGAUUUGUUUCAGUUUUGCCUGGACGAAACUUUGAUGGCUUGCGUGAACAUCACGAUUGAGGAAUCGGAUGGACUGCCGUGUCAUAUUUGUUUGGAAUGUCUGCAGGAGGUGGAGAGAAUCGUAAGCUUCAGACAGAUGUGUGAGCGGUCGGAUGUGGCAAUCCGUAACCUGAUUGACAAAUCGGUCAUAAUCGAGCAGGAUAGUCAAACGAAGUAUGAGGUGUUGAAUGUCGUGCUGACUGAUGCGAAUGGCAACACGGAAACUUCCGCUGUGGUAGUUCCGAUUGAGGAAUUGAGGUUCCAGUUGAUGAAUGGCGGAAGUGUGGCUAAUGCUGCUCCUUCGGAGCCGGUCAGUAUUCCCAUAAUGGAACUUAACGGUGCAGUUCAGUUGGCGAACUUUGAGGAAGUUGGUGAACCAGAAGACAUCAAGAUAACAAUUCCGAAAGAUAAUCUGGAAGUAGCGUUUGCCACUCCAACCGAAAUGCUGGUGACGGAAACCGCAGUGACUGGUGGGAUUCAAAAUGAAGAAGACGCCCCUUUGACGCUUGUCAAUCCAAGCGAACUUUUGAACGAACCGGCUCCCACGCCUCCUCUGGUAGAUCUUCAACCAGAAGAACGAUUGCAGGAAGAAAUCGCUAUAAUAGAAAAUCUAAAACAAGAACUAUCGGAGUUCAUCGGAAAUAGCUGCGCCGAUAUGACAAAAGAUCAAGAGCUAGACGACAAUGAUGACGACGAGAUGAUACACGUUGACUAUCUGAAGGACGCCUUGACGGAGGAGUACAUCCAAACUAUGGAGAAGCAACUGGCGUCCUCGGUAGCUCCGACCAACAACGAUCCCUUGCAGGAUCGUUUGGAACAGGAAAAUUUCGACUGUUUGAUAAACGACGAAGAAAGAAUUCAGGUCGAUGAAGAUUUGCUUCAGGAGGAGUGGCAGGAGGAUGGCAGCGACGAAAUGUGCAACGACGAUGGUACCGGACGGCACUGUAAGAUCUGUGAUAUGGAAUUCGAAGAUAAUCGGCAGUAUAGGCGGCACAUGAAGAAACAUUCCGAGAAGCGUUACGAGUGCGAGUACUGCUCUCGACGAUUUGCCGAACAGUCGCUGCUGAGGAACCACAUGCUCCGCCACACCGGCGAGAAAGCACACGUGUGCGAGGUUUGCAAUUCACGGUUCUACGAGAAGAACCUCUUGAAUCUCCACAUGCGCACCCACGGCGAGGAACGCCCCUUCGUCUGUGACACUUGCGGGAAGCGUUUCAAAACGAAAAGUUUGCUUAACACUCACAGUAAGAUUCACACCGGAGAAAAGUCGCACGUUUGCUCGGUCUGCGGCAAAGGGUUCACCCUGUCGUGGCAGUUGAAGGCGCACACCAGAACGCACACGAACGAAAGGCCGUUCGAGUGUCCGUACUGUCACAAGCGGUUCAACCAGAAUGGUAAUCUCAUAAUACACAUCCGGAUACACACGGGCGAGAGGCCGUUCCAGUGUUCGCUCUGCGAGAAGGCAUAUCCCAGUCAGGGUGAAUUGAGUAGCCAUAUGCGUCAACAUACGGGUGAAAAGAAAGCGAAGAACUACACCUGCACGGUUUGCGGAAAAGCUUUCGCCAGCAAUGGAGAUCUCAAGAUUCACAUGCGAACACACACGAAAGAAAAGCCAUACACGUGCCAGAUGUGUGGCAAGAGCUUCAUGCUGCACGUCCAUCUGACGGUCCACAUGCGUUCGCAUACCGGAGAAAAGCCGUUCGCUUGUACACUUUGUGAAAAAGCAUUUGCCACCAACUUCCAGCUGAAAAAUCACACCUAUGUGCACACCGGAGAGAAAAACUUUGCCUGCGACGUCUGCAACCGCAGAUUCAGUAGUCUGGCCAAUCGCAAUACGCACCGUAAAACGCACGAUAGAAAAAUUUCCUGACAGAAGUACAUGUUCAUAGGCUAAGAGUUUGUGUUCUGCUGCCUCUGAUCGAGUAUUAUAUUUUAACGAAACCUAAAGACCUGCUGCUGUAUAUACUUAAGGUUAUGACUCUGCUAGUACAAGAAACGCAUACACAGCUACUUAAUCAAUACAUUUGCCAAUAUAUCGCGCGGUUUGCUGAACAGCAAAAGCAGCAAAAGUUUACGAAUUAUUUAUAUAUAAGUAAUCGUGUACCUACAAAUGCAUUCUUUAUAGGGUAAUGCAGCCAGCUUCUCAACGUAUAGCGUAGUCGUAGAGCCUUUUUCAUGUUGAUUGUCAUGAUAUUGAUGUGUACUAGCGUGGCUCAAAAUACCACAUGUCAAAAAGUUUGAUGGGCCCCCUUCUUAUUUCGUUCCAUGUGAUGCCACGAUGCUCUGGUCAAUUUUUCAGCUCAAUCCGUUAACAUUUGGGCGGUGCUAAACUCAUUUGAAGUUUGUAUGAAAGUUUAUAUGGGAAAACAUCGUUUUUUGCAUUUUUCUCGUGAGGUGCACUAUUUUUCCUUAAAUUACAUAACCGUUUAUAUAGAACUAUAGCCUUACAUGUGCUAAAAAACUUUGUCGAAGACCGCAAAGUCAUUCGAAGCUUCUGAGAAAAGAUAUUACCUGUAGACCAUGUGGUGGUGCUUAACCUUUAACAUGUAAAGGAAUAAUAAUAGCAAUAAAAUCUCAUUGAAUGGGCAUGUAUUGUCUAAGGUAUAGCUUUUUUAACAACUGUUUGAUCACCUUGCGGUCCUCGACAAAGUUUUUCUGUGUAUCCUAGGCUACAUUUCUAUUGAACCGAUUACGUGAUUUAAGAAAACAUAGUGCCCCUCACAAGAAAAAUGCAAAAAACGGUGUUUUUCCAUAUAAACUCCCAUACAAAUUUCAAACAAGUUUAGCACCGCCCAAAUGUUAACGGAUUGAGCUGAAAAUUUGACCAGAGCAUCGUGGCGUCAUAUAGAACGAAAUAAGAUGGGGGCGCAUCGAACUUUUUGACAUGUGAUUUUUUCCUUACAAGCUUGAGCCACCCUAAUGUGUACUAAUACCAGUGCUACUAAGUUGACUUAACUAUGUGUAUUUAUUUAUAUUUUUUUCUAUUCAGUAUCGAAGAUAAAACUGUUGCGUUGAUUCUUAUGAUUUAUCUACUUUGAUUUAAUUUUUGCAGAUUACAAGCUGUCUUUUUAUCUCUCUAUUCCUAUAUCUACCUUACCACAUCCUCAUACCUUCGACAAGGUAUAUUUUACCGUGAACAAUUUUAUCCAUGAAGCAUCUGCCAGAGUACCAAUACUAACAACAUUUUUUUUAUAAAGUAUAAUAGAUUGAUGAGAUGAAUAAUUAAUUUUA